CUGGACUCGAUACACCUCGAGGGUGCGACCGAGUCUACUCAAAACACGAAAAUGCAUCUGCGCGUUACGUCGGCCAAGCAACAGAAAAAGUCCUACGAGUGAAAUGUCUGGACUUUCCGUUUGUCUUGGCCUGUGCGGUAGUGUUGCCCCUAGGACACAAAACGCCCCUCCGCUUAGACUUUGAUCACUACAACAUUUCUUUCGCCCUCGACUCAGCAUCAACUCGUACAACGAACUUUUUUUCGAGUUUCAUACACAACGGAAAGAUGAGUGGACUACCAAGUGCAACGGACCCCUAUCAAAAUGAUGCUUGGACUUCAUACCUGUCUACGGUUGCGCGCCAAAACGAACAAAUGGUCGACUACACAAAUGCUACUUACGAGCGACUUCCACGUGAGCUACGCGAUCUGGUAUACCAGAGCCUGUGGUUGGACGACCACCCUCCCAUAGCGUCGCAUGAAGCUGCCACCAACUACUUCGGUGACGAAUGGAGGUUCAUAACAGAUCUUUCGAAAAUCGCCAAUAAAGACUUCUGGAAGGAAGCCGUGGAGUGGUAUUACGAACACGGCUGUGUAGGACGUAGGGUGAAAUUACCGGACCUCGAAACGUUCCUUUGCACCGACCACUUUAGUGUGGAGAUGACGCCUGCGACGGGUACAAUGCGGUCAUUGAGCGUCAGCAUUGCCUACCCUGAGGGCUAUGAAUGGACACUCGCUUCAGCUAUAGCCAUAAGGUCGCAACUCACCCCCCUCUGGCAGCUCGAUCUAAUGAACGGUUUCACCCUGACUAUUCAUAUCCACGCCAGCUUUGACAAGAAGCUCAAUGUUCACGAUUUGGCGGUUCUCUGUGUCCUGUUCAAGAAUGAAAUGCUGGACUUUGCGCGCAAGAAUUGCAACGUCAUGUUUCAAUUCGAGUUCGAGCAGGUACCACCCUAUCGAUCGCUUUCGAUGGAAACUCCUCGACCAUUAAUGUACCACCUUCUCGAGGGCCAGGCGGCGAAGGAUAUGUUGACUGCUACCAGUGAGCAGUGGUUAGCCUAUCUGUCGCGGUAUAGAAGUCGCGAACACCGAUUUACGGUUGUAUACUAAACCCGCACUCUUAAGAUUGGCAGAUCGUUAGAUCGCUGGAACAAGUCGGGUGAUACUCAAGUUCUUUGGAACAUCUUUUGCUGGAACGAUCUAGGGUAGGGCAUUUCUAUAGCUUACCGUGUGCCUUCUUGUUGGCUUCGGUUGUCCAACGUAUUUAAAU